AUGAGCAAUUCUUAAGAAACUAUAGAUGGUUUUAUAAUAGAUUAUCUCUCUGAAUUUGGUCAUGGAGCAUUUUCUACUUGUUAUAGAUGUUCUAAUCCAAAUUAUAAAAUACCUUUAUGUGUUAAAGUAUAUUCUUUAAUUUUAGUUUAGAAAAUCAUACCAUCUGUCUAGACUGAGACAUCUUAUAUGUUUGAUAGAGAGAUACAAGUAAUUUAACUUAUUUCUUAAUUUAAUUCUAAUUAUCUUGUAAAAAUAAUUCAUACAAGCAAAUAGAGUAAGUAAUGUUUCUUUUUUAUGGAAUAUUGUUAAUAAGGAGAUUUAAAAAAUUUCAUUUAGCAAAAUCAAAAUAUGAGAAGAUAAAUAUCAAUACCUGAAAUCUUAUCAAUUUUAAUAUAAAUAAUAAAUGGUUAUAAAUAGCUUUACGAUUAUGGUAUUAUUCAUAGAGAUAUAAAGCCAGCUAAUAUAUUUCUUGGAAAUAAUGGAUAUUUUUAGGUAGAAUUGAAUGAUAAUCUAGUUAGCAGAUUAUGGAAUGGCUAAAAUAUUAGAAGAUCCUUGUUAACAAUGUGAAUAGAGUUAAGUUGGAACUCCGAUAUAUGCAUCUCCAUAAACACUUAUUGAAGGAAUUUAUUCUAAUAAAUGCGAUGUUUAUAGCGUAACAUUUAAUUUAAAUAUAGUUAGGUGUACUUAUUUAUGAAUUAGUCUAUUAAUAAUUGCCAAUUAAGAAUUAAAAAUAUAUUUAAUUUUGCGAAGCUUUAAAGAAUACAAAAUAUAAUAAAAUAUAAAUUAAACCAUUUUCUUUAGGUUUAGGAGGAUCAGAAUCAGAAAAAGAAAAAUUGUAUCAUUUUUUAUCGAGGUCCUUAGUUUAUGAAGAAUCCUCUAGAAUAAGUUGGGAAUAACUAUUCCAUCUGUUUCCAGAUCCUGAAAAAUCAAUAAAUUUCAAUUCCUUGAAAAAAUAAUAAUAACCUUAAUAAAUAUCUCAUGAUCUUGUAUAAACUUGUAAAUUUGAUUUUUCUUCUUAAAAUUCUACUUAACCAAAAAAGCAAAUUUAACCAUUUUCCAGAUAGAGGCAAUCUUCGAAUUAUAAUCAAUAGAUUAUUUAGAAUGAUAUUCUUUUUAAUAAUUAGAUGAUUUACAGUAAAUAGAGGAUUUAGAGUUACUAAAAUAACCAGAAUAAUUAUAUAAAUUAUAAUAAUUAGGGCUAUAAUAAAACUAGUUUAGGAAUAAAAAUAUAAGAGGUUUAAGUUACUAAUAAAAAUUAAUUUUGUUAGACUACUGAGACCGUUGCACAUCGCUAUAAUGAAUAAGAAAAUCCAAAAGCCAAAUCAGAACAAUUAAAAUAAAAAAAAAUAUUUUUAAAAGAACAUGAUAAUAUUAUAGAAAAGAUUAUAUAAUUUUAUUUGUCCAAGUGUUUGUUCGUGGAGAAAUUAAUUACGAAAACUUAAAAUAUAUUUAAUUUUAUACAAAAAUAAAAUAAAAAAAUGAUUAAUACACCAUAUAAUGUUGUAAUCCAAAUACUUGAAAUAUUACUUAAUGGAUAUUAAUACUCAUGCUAUUUAAAUAUCAAUUAUCUACUUUUUAAAAGAAAUAAACGUCAUCAUCAACUUUAAAUCUAUAAAGAAUUAUGCUCGAUUAAUUAAUAAUUUUUAGAUUAGUAAAUAGAAGCUUAUUUAACUAAUUAAGUUUACAAAAAAUAAUUAGAAUAGCAUUUUCAGAUUUCAAAAAUAAGAUUUAAUGUAAAGUAUUAUUCUAUCAUUUUUUUAGAGAUUAAUUUGUUCAUUUUAUGAGUUUCAAUAAAAAUUCACAAAUUUUUAAUUAAAUUAAGAAAUUAGUGAAAUUGAAUAAAAAAAAUGGCUAUGCUCUCCCAAAUGGUAUUACCAAAAAUACAAAGAUAAAUUUAAUGAAAUAAAUUUAAAUUUUGAUUAUGGAUCUGAAUAUGAUUAACUAGAGGAUCAUACAAUUAAACAUUUAGCAUUUUCAAUCAAAUUUUUUGGUAACGAAGAAAAUAAAUCUGAUAUAAGUGACAUUUUAACAGUCAAUAUAAAUUCAAUUGUUGAUUUUUUAGAAGAGAAAAAAUCAAUGAUGAAUAUUAUAAAAUAAUACUUCUAAAAUAAAAACGAAAUUAAAAACAAAAACUGA